GCCCCCCCGCCCUUUCUCCCGCCCUCUCCCACCGUUGCCGCCUCAUUACACCUCUCCCCGCGGGGCAGCGGAGGCUGAGGGGCGGCCCGGCCCGGCCAGCCGCCGCGCUCCCGCUCCCUCCGUGCCCCCCCCGGCGCCCCCCGCCGGGCGCGGCCUCAGCGGGGCUCUCCCUUCGCGCCAUGAGAGCGGGCCCUGGCCCGGCGGCGGCGGGGGCCGGCCAGCGCGGGGGCCGGGCUUAGGGCCGCCGGGAGGGGACGAGGGGCGGCGGCGGGAAGGGGAGAGGGAGACGGCCGGGCGUCUGCCGCUAGCGGCUGCCGAGCCCCCCGCCUCCCCGCGGCACCAUGGCCAGCGAGAUCGAGGAUCUGAACAGCCGGGAGGCGCAGACCGUCUGCGAGGCCCUGGGGCGCUACGAGGACACGCUGCGAGGCGCCGUCCGGGAGAUCCAUGUGGACAUCCAGGUGUUCAAGCAAGGGGUAGGGCGGCAGGUGGAGGAGGUGCUGCGCCUCGCCAGCCCCCUGGCACAGACCGUCUCGGAGCUGCAGCAGGAGAACCGGCGGCUGCGGGCGCAGCUGGAGCGCCUGUCCCGGCAGGUGGAAGCCCUCGGCCGGUCGGCGGGGCUGCCGCAGGAGUGGGCGGACGAGGCGGCGGGGAGCCCCCCGGCCGCGGGGCCCGGCUCUCCGGGGCAGGGCCCGGCCGGCGGCAGGUUCUCCAGCCAUGCCAAGCUAGCGGUCACCGGCCGGAGCCAAAGUGUAGACCUGGAUGACCACCACAAACCUGAGUUUAGAAGAGUUUUUAGUUCUUCCAUCAUUGAAAAUGGUCAUCAGCCUUCAUCAGCUCAGGCAAAAGGCUCCCAAGAACCUUUCCACAUGUCAGAUGCUUCCCCUGAAGCCCAUGCCCCAGCAGUCACCUUACAGAUGCCCCACCUUCCCGUUACUGCAGUAACCAGGAUAUCAGAGAAGUUUUCAGGAGAGACUACCUGUUCAACAGGAACAACUAAUGCGCCUACUGGCCUGCUGGGACAGAGCAAGAGCAAAAAUGCAACAGCAGUAAAAACUUCUGACCAGUCAGUGAAGGCCUGGAAUUCAAGUACGGUGAGAACAAUGGGUUCAUCUGCCACUGGAGAGAAUACCACUUCUGUCACUAAGUCUGCCUCAGCUGUGAGCUAUGGGAUGAGUAGUGGAACCAAAACUGGUGAAAGUGCCGCUGACAGUUACUGUGAUGUGACCCCCAGCUCUCACUCCUCUCCUCCCACUGUACCUCGCCAAGUUGAAAGGAGGCGAGAACUGGUGCGGUCUCAGACACUCCCACGGAUUACAGGAACACAGGCCAGGAAAGCGCUUUUUGAGAAAUUUGAACAUGAUGGCGGAAAAGGAAAAGGCGAAUCCAGAGCUAAGCUGAAGAGGUCGCAGAGUUUUGGGGUUGCCAGCGCUAGCAGCAUUAAACAAAUUCUGUUAGACUGGUGUCGCUCAAAAACCAUAGGAUACAAGCACAUUGAUCUCCAGAACUUCUCCUCAAGCUGGAAUGAUGGGAUGGCAUUCUGUGCUCUCGUGCAUUCUUUCUUUCCUGAAGCUUUCGACUACAAUAAGCUUGACCCAGCUAAUCGCAAGCAGAACUUUGAGCUGGCCUUCACCAUGGCUGAGAAAAUGGCUCACUGUGAUCGUCUCAUAGAAGUGGAUGACAUGAUGGUGAUGGGUCGCAAGCCAGAUCCCAUGUGUGUCUUCACCUAUGUCCAGUCUCUAUACAAUCAUCUACGUCGCUUUGAAUAAAACCAUCGACACCUCUCCAGCCAGAAGGGUCAAGUACAGUAUGCUAAUAGGAAGAGUGACAUUUUACAAAUGGAACGCAGUGUUAUUUCUUGCUUUUUACUGUCCCUUUGCUUAUACUCAGCUGCGUGGCUGGGCUGACUGAAGUGUUGCUGAGCAGCGCCCUAAAGUGUUGAUCACAUCAGCAUGUCAGUAAUAAAGAAAUAGGUUUGAAAAAAAGACAAAAAAAAAAAGCCAUAGGGAAAGGCAAAUGCUGUCAUUUUGGUGCUAGUAGUAGAUUGGAUUUUUAAUAUUCUUGUGUUUAAAGAUCACAGGAAGCUAAUUUGCUGCUCCUGUCUCUAUUAGGCUGGGGACACAGUUUUAUGCAGUGACAGGUAACUCUGCUACAAAGGUGUUCCCUCUUAAAAUGCAGGUAAAACUCCAUAAGAUAGCACCUUCAAUUCCACUUCUCUGGUGAGCAUAGCACAAAAGGAAUAGCAGUUGGACAAGGAAAAUUCCAUUUAGCGAAUGGAAUAACCUAGAGUACGCAACCACUGGGACACUAUUGCCUCUCCUCCAACCAUACCCCCCACUCCAGCAUCCACGCCUGCGCUCAUACACAUCGAACAGGCAUCGUUCUGUUCUCUUAAAGCAGAAAGACAACAUCGCCUCUUACCCGCUGACUGGGGUGAUAGGUAACUACCAUGUUACACAAGAGCGUGUGUCUGUAAUGGCCAAAUCUAAAGUGAUUUGCUUACAGGCUUGCCAAAGCCUCUACUGGCUGUCCUGGAUUAAUUUCUUGAUCAUGAAGAAUAGCAACAGCUGGGGCUGUUCUGUGUACAAGACUCUGUGUUUGCCUGAUUUAGGAUUACAGGAAAGGGGGGAACUAGCAAGGUACAAAAUCCUCUGAACAGCUGUAAUAGAAGCAAGACUGUAGCACGCUUUGACCUGGACUCUGGAGGGGAGCAACUCACCAGUGUGGACAGGAAUGAAGUCUUUACGACUUGCUCAGUCCUCAUGCUGACUCUGAGCUGGACAGCCGAUAUGCCAGAAACGUAUGAAAGAUGUGGGAGUUCCGAAAUGCCUUGGGCUAGUUUCUGUUUUCAGUUAAAUUAGCGGGGGAUUAUUUCCAGAUUUACUGGACAAAAAGGUCGUGUGUCACCCUUUCUGGUUUUCUCUUUGAUAAAUGAAGAGAGCUUUGUUUUCACAGUGAAUGUUAAAACCCAAACCACUAAAAAGCAUACUUCAAAAAAAAAGAAGCCUUUUGAAAUUAUUUCUUCUGUGAGAACAGGCUCAUAGAAAGUGAAAACUGAAAGCCACGAGCCCUCUGCUCAUGCUAGAGAAUGUUUUUUAACCUGCAUUUGUGCUUUUUUGUAGAUAUUUAUAAAGAUGACUUUGGUUCUGUAUUGAUGACCAUUUAUAAUAAAAUAUGUCAAAUGCU